CGACGGAAACCACCUCCGCUUCUCCCUCCUACUUCUUCUCUUGUGAGAACGAUCGACAAUAUCCAGUUCUCGGCGGCAUCGACAGUUCUAAGGCAUGGGAGUGCAUGAAAUGCUAGCGUCUGCCUGGGCGGAUCGCCGAAAGCGGUACCUCCUCACGGCCGCCAUCACACUCGUGGCAUUGUUUGCAGUUGUCGUGACCAUCGUUGCCACCGUACAAUCCCAAGGCACCGCCACCGCUGACUCGUCUGCCCCUGUGGCGGACCGCAUCGAAGGAGGCACGCAGGGUCAAGUGAAAGCGCCGUCGUCUGGGCCAACCUCUGAGCCGCCAUCGACCUUGUCGGGUGAGGUAGCCACCCCAUCUCCCGCUCCCCACCCAUCUUCCAACGCAGCCCCAAGUGCCACUUCAACCACCCCCAAGCCCACCCCACCGCCCAACCUCGUGUACACGUGCAGCGCCUCCGACCCUACAUCUGUGUGCUAUAUUCCUCCGACCAACUCGCCGCUGUAUUGCACGCUCGACAAGUCGUUCGAUCCGAACCUACUGUACAUUGCCGCGCCAAGUGCAGGCAAUACCAACGCUGGCUUUGCCAUGGAGCAGCCAUGUGCCAGUGGGGAUCGCUGUGUCUACGGCUGCGAGCCUCCGUACGUAGCGUCCAGCAACGGAUGGAGCAACGCCGACUGCAUUCCUUACAUUUCCCUUUGCCCCCCGUACUCUGCGUCGACCUCGCAGGGCGGGCUCUACUGUGACAAAGGCCGACUCGUGCUGGAUUCGCCCAACCAGCCCCUUUGCGUCCCCGGGUUGAACACGUCGUUCGUGACCAACUACGUCCCCGCCACCAUGUCCACGUGCCAGCGAGUGACCCCUGGCAACGGGGCCCCCAUGAUCGGCCUCGAAGUCUCCCCGGGGCAAACCAAGCAGCUCGCGGCAUUUCCCCAGUGGUAUUGGCGGGGGGUAGGGGCGACGCAUGUCGUGCACUUACCAGGCACGCGGCGCCUUCCCGCGUGCCAACGCAACGCGGAUCCACUCAGUUUAAACGCCCAAGGCGUCGACGCCAUGCCGUUCGUGCUGGGCGGGGGCAGCUUGCCCGGAUCGUCCUGUGCUGCGUGCAGUCAACACACGCUUUCGUUCAACGAUCACUUUGACUUUCAAAAGGCGUAUGCCAAAGUGCCUGGUUAUGGCGUCCGGGUGCGCAACUGCAACGAUGUCGCAUGCGGACCCGUGCAAUGCGACGCCUCGUACGUUUAUAACGCCGCCAUCGACACCCUCGACGCGUACUGGGUCAAGUACAACGCGGUGUUUGGGUCCACGGCGGUGGGCUGUGUGGCGGAUGUGGUGCGUCGUAAUGAACUGUCACAUUGUUUCUUGACGAAACUGACGAUUUUGAUGAACUUUUGGGUGGGAUGUGACACGGUAGGUCGUCGGGAAUGAAUGGUCAGCUCGCGACGGCAUGUCCAAGUACACGCUGUAUGAGUAUUACCCCACGACUACGGGUGGCCAGCAGACUACCACGUGUGUGGGCUGUCCCCCCGCGUCCUCGUUCGACGCCACUCGGUGCCGCAAACUUCGGCAACCCAUGCCCGCUAGGUUUGGCAGCGGGGUCUCGCCGGCGCAAUACGUGUGCAUUCCCGUGGGAGCUGCCGUGGGGCUCGCAGGUACCCUCACGGUUCUCAGUGCGACGUCCGCGGAGGACGAUGGCCAUAAGAAUGGAUGGCUAACAGCGACCGUGCAAAUCGAGAUUUUCGUCGCGUGUGUGCUGGCAGCCGUGGUGGUCGUAGCUGCCACCCGCGCCCAUCGGAUUCCGGGACCCGUCAACUCGUGUGCCAUCCUCGAGCCCCAGCCGGUGACGGAACUGCCCAUGCAGUGGACUCCUGACCGACGAGGCAGCAUGCACGCUAGUCAGGCAACGUACGUCCCGCGCAGCAGCACCACCACCUUCAAGCCUGCUGCCGUCGUUCACGAACACGACUAAGUGCUGCACAACAUGCUCAAAAAGUUGUGGGCGUAUGUAUACCCCCUAAUAAUUGUAUUGGAAGUCAUCUUGAAGCCAAA